GUUGUUAGCCAGGUAAACUAUGGUUGUUAGCCAGGUAAACUAUGGUUGUUAGCCAGGUAAACUAUGGUUGUUAGCCAGGUAAACUAUGGUUGUUAGCCAGGUAAACUAUGGUUGUUAGCCAGGUAAACUAUGGUUGUUAGCCAGGUAAACAAACUAUGGUUGUUAGGCCAGGUAAAGUAUGGUUGUUGUCAGCACGUGGUGUUGUCUCUGUGUUUAAAAACAAUAACAUUGGCCCCAUUGCAGUUUAUUGCAUGUGUAAAAUGUAUUGUUGUCAACUUUUUUUCAAUAUGUGUGGUCCUUUGUGGACCGUUUAAUUAGCCCAACUGUUUAUUGACAUUUUUCAGUAAACUGAUUUCCCCUCCAACUACAUGUUGUUUCUUAAAACCAUGUUUGCCUAGCUACCGUUGCUAACCAUGAUUGAUCUAUUUACCAUGAUUCACUGAAUAAGCUCAGGAAUGUCUCUCCUUCCUGUACUUUUGUUGAGUACACUGGUGGUCUAUCCAUCAUCAGAGGUUCUACUGAUGCCGACUCUGACCGUGGAGCCUUCAGGACGACAGGUGUACACUGAGGACACAGUCACCUUGGCAUGUCGGUUACCUGGCCACUCUGGGCUGGGCUGGCAGUUCUACUGGCACAAAGACAGGCAGGACACUGUCCCUGUGGAGCAGAUGUGGGGCAGUGGUGGAGGUGGGGCAGUCUACCAACUGUGGCGUGCCUCUGUCACACACACAGGCCAGUACUGGUGCAGAGCAGGGAGAGGACAGCCAGUCUUCUACACCCAAUACAGCCAGGCAGUCUCUGUUAAUGUCAUUGAGCUCUUCACAUCAGUGACUUUGUCAGCAUUUCCUUCGACCGUGGUCAAAGAGGGCGGGGCUUUCAACCUCACCUGUGAGGCCCAGUUUAGCAACUGCAAGCUGAGCCAACAUCAUGGUAACCACAGUCUACAUAGUCACCCUGAUCCUGACCGUAACUGGACCACAGUGGUUGUAACAUUCUCCUUCCUGCGGGACGGCUGGCCAGUGGCCAGGGACUCUGUCAGUGGGAUGUACAGCGUAGCGAGGGCUUCUAGGUGUCACAUGGGGACCUACAGCUGUGUGGCCAGAGCAGGCCGGGCCAGGAGGAGCAGUCAGGAGAUCAGCAUCACACUAGACAACCUGUCUCUGAUACUGGUCACCUGCUUUGGCACCUUCCUGAUCCUCUCCGUGGCUCCAUUGGCAUUUUUUGUGAGACUAUACGCGAUGAGAUUAUGGCAGCUCAGAGGCAGAGGACAAGGAUAAUUGCAGUGCAAUGAGUGCAGUACAAUACAGGGACCAAAAUGGAGGACAGAUGUAUCUGGACCCAGCUGACUUGAGAAACUUUAUAUCGUUUAUUACAAAAUUGGAGUGUAGAAUAAUAAACAUAAAUUAUUUGGA